UAUCUGGACUUCCUGGUAUUGUUUAUAAGUUUGUUUGGUUGACUUCCAUUGCCACACACCUGCCGUUGAACGAUUAGUAAAAUACCUAAUACAACUCAUCAUCAUGAAGAUUAUGGUGUGUAUUCUGCUUGCUGGUCUUUCCGUGACGUCAGCAUUCCUUAUCUCCAAUGUCAAUGACUACGACGCCCCAAUGGACUUUUCAUGUACAGGAAACACUACUUUACGCAGUCUUUCUAGUACCAAUAACAACCACUACGAAGACAGAGUAUGGUCGAUGGGCUGUUAUCCCGCGGUAGCCACGGUGCAAAACUGCCAGUGGACAGGGUAUGUGAACGAAUUCGACCAACCGUUUGACUAUGAAUGUCCUGGGGAUGGGUUCAUUAAUGGCGUAAGAAGUAUUCAUAGCAACCAUAACGAGGACAGACGUUGGGCCUUUCAGUGUUGUGAAAUGCAAGGUCGCAUUAGACACAAUUGUCACGAUACUGGAUUUGUGAACACUUAUGACGGUGGCCUGAGUUACUCAACAGCGCACAAUUACCAGAACUUCCACGGCUGGAUCAGUAUCCAUGACAACCACCCUGAGGAUCGAAUAUUUGAUUUCCAGGUGUGCGAUUAUGUCGAAGGCGAAACCAGCGGAUACUUUAGUCCUGGCUGUUCAUGUCCUCGAAACAAUCGGGAACCGUCGGCACUUUUUGUAGACGAGAAAAUACCACUCACCACAUAUCGGCACAUGAAGGGUACCGGAAUCAGCCGAGAAGAGUGCAAAUUGAGUUGGCCGCUGGACUUACAUUAUAACUGGCCGGGAGAACCAACUGAAAUGGGUGCGUUCAGCAAUAGAAAGAUGAUGGUGUGUAUUCUGCUUGCUGGUCUUUCUUUGACAUCAGCAUUCAUCGUCAAUAACUACGACCGCCAUAUGGCCUUUUCCUGUCCAGAAGCUACUACUUUACGCCAUCUUUCUAGUGUCCAUGACAACCACCACGAAGACAGAGUGUGGACGAUUGGCUGCUAUCCCGCAGUAGCCAGGGUACAAAACUGCCAGUGGACAGGGUAUGUUAACGAAUUCGACCGACCGUUUGUCUUUGAAUGCCCUGGGGAAGGGUUCAUCAAUGGCAUAAGAAGUUUCCAUAGCAACCGUCACGAGGACAGAAAAUGGGCCUUUCAAUGUUGUGAAAUGCAAGAUCUCUUUAAACGCAAUUGUCGAAACACUGGAUUUGUGAACAGCUACGACGGUGGCUUGAGUUACACAACAGCACACGCUUACCAGAACUUCCACGGAUGGACCAGUAUCCAUGACAACCACCAUGAGGAUCGAUUAUUUAGUUUUCAAGUGUGCAAUUAUGAAGAGUGAGAAGCCUUCAGGCUCUAACCUAUUACACGGCAAUGAUUUGUCAGAACUUUGAAAAUAUAAAAGGAUAUAUCUAAUG